UUCAUCAAGAUGGAGGAUCACCGGCCUUGUAUGUCACCAGUUAAGGAAGAGAUAAGAACACCGGAGAGAUGUCCCAGUCCUCUCCUUCCACAGGAUAAUUCAGCAGAACAUCACUAUGUCCUACAGUAUGGUCAGGUAGAUGGAGAUAAGGUCAUCAAGAUGGAGGAUCACCGGCCUUGUACGUCACCAGUAAAGAAAGAGAUAAGAACACCGGAGAGAUGUCCCAGUCCUCUUCUUCUACAGGAUGGUUCAGAAGAACAUCACUAUGUCCUACAGUAUGGUUCAGAAGAACAUCACAAUGUCCCACAGGAUGAUCAGGUAGAUGAAUAUAAGGGCAUCAUGAUGGAGGAUCCCUGGCCCCUCAUAUCACCAGUAAAGGAAGAGAUAAGAACACCGGAGAGAUGGACUUCAGGUGAAAGCCAAAGGGAUGGCAGAAGUAUUCUGGCCGCAGCCAGUAAAAUGGAGAAGAGAGAUGCUUUGUGUGAGUUAACUCCUCCAACUCCAAGACUUUCCACCAUAUUUUAUGCAUCAUUCGUAGCAGUGAAUAUUGAGUACCAUGAGAAUGAAACGAACCAUCCUCCAGAGCCGACACUAAACACGAACGAUGUACACCAUCUAGUGGAUGCAAAACAUACUCUGCUUCUGCCGCCUCCACCUCCAUAA